AUGACUGCAGCAAAUUACACACCAUCUGGGUUUCGUGUAACUCCCAUUUACACGAGUGCUUUCAAUGGGUUAAAGAACAGUGAAGAGUUUAAAGAAAAAAUUGUCGUCCCCGCAAUCGGAUACUGGUCGGAGGCGUUGAAAGUCAAAAAUCCUCCAAUCGGACCGCUGAAAAUUGCCAGGGAUUGCGAAAAGGGGCGUCGGGCGUUAGCAGUUAGAGCGGACGGAUCUCGCGAGGAAAUCUGCGUUACUGGAUGCGCAUCUGUGACCACAUGCUAUGAUAUACCAAUUCCAUCGGAGUAUCUCGAUAAAUGUACCGCAGUCAGGUAUAAUCAGCCAUUAGUGCUACAAGCAGGAGGUCCGGGAGCAUCGAAUACGGACUACCUACUACUGGUCGAUGCUCGUAUGCAUUCACAAUGCGAUCAGGGCACACUUGCUUUUGCAACUGUAUGCCAGUUGGACAGCAAAUCGAACAGUCCGCACACUUUGACAGAGGUGGAACGCACUUGGAAAUCCGUCAAGGGGACCUAUCAAUUGAAGCGAGUCGUGCUAAGAACUCCUAAACUUUUGGAAGUGGCACGGGAACAUUUUGGCUGCGAACACUUGGACGGUGUUGAGAUGGAAAAUCAAGGCGGUUCGGGAACGGCAGCAGCACACUUUGAGAAACGAGUGGUUCUGAACGAAGCUAUGGCCGGUUCUGUUGGAUUUGAGACGCGGGUAUCCAAACUGACGCUGGCAUAUUUCUAUGAUUCCGGGCAUUGCCUCAACUAUGCGAACGCUUACGGUUCAUGUAACAUUAGGCGAUUUGCCCAGCCACUUCCUCCAAUGAAUCAAUACUUCGCCGCAGUUCCGGGGCAACCAAUUUUCGUUGCACCGUUGUACGGUGGCGCUGAUGAAUUGGCAGAUUAUUGUCCAUUUAUGACGAUGGACAGUCACUGGUUCACCGACCCGGUUAUAGCCCCGGACUUCGGUUUAUCGUCCUCUCACUUUGGAGCACUGGUUAAUCGUGAAUUGCAGGCAUAUGGUCCUGAUUCCGUGUGUUUCGCACACGACCCGAAGGAGCCAUGGAGAUCAUACCAGUGCGAUAAAGGUUAUCAGUACAAGAAUGUGGCAGCAUCAUGUUAUCGGUACAAAUGCGUCCCCGAACAAGGUCUGAUUGUAAUGGUUGACCGUAAAGAAUAUCAAUGCCCAGUCGGCGGCGGUUCGAUCCCAGUGAAUACGGUCGGCUCGGUCGCCUAUGUUUCCGGUCGAUUGAUUUGCCCUGAGUGUGCCAAGUUGUGCCAGGUCAGAUAUUUAUGA